AUGAAGACCUUCUUCACCUCGCUCAUCAUCUCUGCGCUUGCCCUCACUGUGCAGUCUGCCCCCGCCGAGGAAGUAGCGAAUGCCCGCUGCUGCGCGCCCGUCGUGCCCUUCUACCGCGCCUGGAGCGCCGGCGCGACCGACCACUUCUACACCACGAACCUCCAGGAGUACAACGCGGCGACGAGCGGGGGCGGCGGGUACGCGGCCGAGGGCGUCGCCGCGCAGGUGUUCCCGCCGAGCGGGACCGCGCCGGGCGCGGGCGCGGUGCCGCUCUACCGCCUGUACUCGCCCUCGGGCACGGACCACUUCUACACGACGAGCGGGGCGGAGGCGAACCACGCCGCGGGCAAGCUCGGGUACACGUACGAGGGCGUGAGCGCGUUCGUCUACCCGAGGUCGCUCUGCGGCGCGGUGCCGCUCUACCGGAUGUACAACCCCAAGGUGGUCGACCACUUUUACACGACGAACAUCAACGAGCGGCAGAACGCGAUCCGCAACCUCGGGUACAAGAACGAGGGGAUCGCAGGGUACGUGAACCCGCUGCGGGGCGCGAACUGCCCGAAGUAG